AUGGCGAAAUCACGAUUCGAAUAUGUUAGGAAUUACGAACUACCUGAUCCGCUCAUGCCUGGGACGUUCAUAGUGGUCAGGAUAGAUGGAAGGGGGUUUCACAAAUUCUCAGAUACCCAUCUUUUCGAAAAACCAAAUGAUAAAAGAGCGUUGGAUCUUAUGGACCAAGCCGCUAGGACGGUGUUGGAUGAAUAUAAAGAUGUGAUUAUGGCUUUUGGAGAGAGUGAUGAGUACAGUUUCUUGUUGAAGAAGAAUACGAAAUUGUAUAACAGACGUCGGAGUAAAAUAUCAUCAUCCAUCGUAUCUCUAUUCACCUCCGCAUACGUUUUUCACUGGCUCACAUACUUUCCCGACAACCCCCUGAGGUACCCACCAAGUUUUGAUAGUAGAGUGGUCGUGUAUCCUGGUGAGAAGGAGAUAAGGGAUUAUUUCGCUUGGAGGCAGGCUGAUACUCAUAUAAAUAACUUGUACAAUACCGCCUUUUGGGCAUUGGUGAAAGAUGGUCAGUCGACUACAGAGGCUAAUAAGACCUUGCAGGGGACGGACUCGAAAGAUAAGAACGAACUUUUAUUUUCGAAAUACGGUAUAAACUAUAACAACCUUCCUGAACAGUAUAGGAAAGGAAGUAUAUGUGUGAGAAGGCCUGCAACUCUGGUUGAUGAUCGACAGCCUCAGCAACAGAUCGAAGAGUCUAUAACAGCUGGUGUAUCGAACGUAUCAAUCGACGAUCCUGCAGUUGGUUCAGUAGAAGAUGAUAGUGUCUCACAAACCAGAAUCAAUGGGGUUAUACGGAAAGAGAAGAAAAUCAAGAAAGCUAAACCUUACGAAGGUAUUGAUGGAGAGAUAGUGGUUUUACAUGAAGAUAUAAUCAGAGAUGGAUUCUGGAAGGAGAGACCAUGGUUAUUGCAGUGA